GGUCGGUUAGUGUAACGGUGUUAUUUCGCUCCCACUGGGAAAACAAUACAAAAUAAAAAAAAACUGGCUUGGCCCAAAAGUAAACAACAACAAUAAUUAAAUAACAUUUCGAGUGGCGUACAUUCGGACUUAUCGCUGGGGAAUUCGGCGUGCAACACAGAGUAGACGUAGCAGUAUAAAUAUAUAAAUAUAAACACGAGAUACGGGCAGUCAGUGCCCCCAGUUAGCGGGUUAUCUCUGGCCCGCCGAUAACGCGGUGCUCCGUGGUUCAGUGGCAAUUUGCAUUGAUGAACUGUGCGCGCCGGCCGCCGUGCAUAACAAAAACCCAUCCGUCGAGCGGGGCAUCGAUAAUCAGAGCCCCAGGACCAGAGCCUCCUGCCCGGUUGUUAUCCUUUGAAGUUGUUCCCGGCAAGUGAGUGUGCUGUGUGUCUCAGUCGCAGUCGCAGUCUCAAGCGAAGCUUCAGUCUCCGUCAGUGUGCAAAGUGUGAAAAAGCGGAGAAUAAAUAUUAAAAGCGGAACGUGCGUGGAUUAGAAAGCAUAAACCGGCAGGAGCGCCAAAGCCAAAGCCAAAGGAGCAGAAGCCACAACAACUUCGAAAGUGCUGAAAGCGCUGAAGUAUUCCUACGCGCUCGCUAUAAGACACUGCCGCCAGCAGACGGCGUCUGGCGCCGGAACUGUCUAGCGGCAGCAGCAGAAGCAAAAGGAGCAGCAGCAGCAGAUAUUGCGACUGUAGCGGCAACAAACAGACAUGGCCAGCAAAAGGAUCCGGCCAGAGGAGGAGCGGAAAGGAAGAAGGAUGAGCGCCUGCCGACCGGGAGUCUUGCAUACGGCAUUCAAUAUGCUGGCGUUGAGCUGGAUUAUAAUCUCGGAGUUAUUGCUCAGUGCUCACUGCCUGAAGGAUCUGAAGAUAUUUGUACCGGAGGCCGUCGUCAUGGGAAAUGCAGCGACAUUGUCUUGUCAAUACGAUUUGGAGCAGGCGGCGUUGUACGCGGUGCGCUGGUACUUCGGCCAGGAGGAGUUCUACCGCUACGUUCCCCGCGAGGCCACGCCCACAUUUGUCUUCGCCGUCGCCGGCAUUAAUGUUGAUCUCACCAAAUCGGACGCCACGUCGGUGACGUUGAAGGGUGUCACCCGGGAGCUGAGCGGCAGCUAUCAGUGCGAGGUCUCCGAGGACGCACCGCUCUUCCACACGGAGAUCCGCUCGGCACACAUGCAGGUGAUUGAGCUCUUCAAAGGCGAUCCGGUGCUGCAGGUGAGCAAGAAGAUGAUUGGCGCCAACGACCUCUUCAAGGCUGUGUGCACGGUGGGUCCUGCGUUUCCGCCGGCCAACAUAACCUGGUACAUCAACACGCGAAAGAUAUUUAAGACGGCGCUCCAGCGCAUCAGGUACGUGGCCUUCGACGGGGGCAAGGCGCAGUCCGAGCUGGAGCUCUACCCGCACAGCGAGGUGCUGCAGGUCUUCUUCGACGGGAAGUACCAGGGGGUGGACGUGAUCUGCGAGGCGAACCUGCUGCACCUCUACCACAAGAACAGCGUGGAGCAGGUCGAGCUGAGCAUGCUGCCGCCGACCAUCUCGCCGAACCUGCUGGGCCUCGAGGGCUCGAAGCGGUACGCCAACGGCGACCCGGACAACUCGGCGCUGACCGGCGCCUCGCAGCGCUGCUGCAUCUGCUGCGGAGCCCUUGGCGCCCUCUCGCUGGCGGUCCUCACGCUGGCGGCGACUCAGCUGUGACCAGAGCGGACCGCUUAAAUCGUCAACUGGCAACGGAACGCAGCCGGACAGUCACCCCGCAGAGGGAGUAAUUAAAAAACAACACACAGAACGCCGUUCGAACAAGUGAAACGUGCUUAAUUUCAAAGAGACAACAAAGGAAAUGCAAAAAUCAAAAGCGAAAAAAUAUUGUGGGAGGUGGGGAAAAUUGUUGAUGACAGCGACCCUGCACUGCCAACGCCUAGUAGCAUGUCCUUGUAUUUUAUAUUUUUUUUAUUUGCCUCAUUCGCCAAACAAAACAAAAAACAAGCAACUGGGUCGCAGUCCAUAAGUUCAAAGCGAAGGAAUAUUUUCAAUGCGUUAAUUAAUUUGCGGUGGCUGCAUACAAAAUUCUGAUAAUAAACAAUACAUUUAAUAUAAGUCAGACGGGGCGCAUUUCCACACAGAGCUCGGGCAAAGGUCGGUGGAAGGUUAAAAUAAUAAUAGUAAAAGUAAAUAUAUAGCGUAAAUUUAAUACGUAACACGCGUAAUUACAUGUUGUGGAUACAGGCGUAACGUGUUGAACUCUUCGAAAAAAAAAACAAAACAAAAAACGAAAAACGCCUGCAGAGAAAACGAAGUAUAGAAAAAACCAAUCCAUAAAUUUAAAUAAAUUAACACAUGCACUUGCAAACAAAACUUGCAAAUCAAAUUACAUAACAAAAGAAAAACAACAAUUAAUAAGCAUAAGUGAGACACAUUUAAAUACUAAGUACACCCUACCCUCCAACUACCGCAGCCUAGGCACAUAAGUUAUGUAAAUAAUUACUGUAAAGAACUCUACAAACGAAAAAAACAAAAUAAUAAAUUAACAAACACGAAACCCUCACAUGGGCAAACAUUAAUUAAAGCUAGAGCAAAGUGUGGAGAAAGAGUUAAAUACAAAACUAAUUAAGUCCUUGUGAAAAAUCAAUGAAAUCAAAAAAAGUCAAAAAUUGAUAUCGGCCAAAUUCAGUUUGAUUGGAUUUGUUUAAUUUUCAAUUGUGGCUUAUUUGCGGUAGCAUUUGUCCAUUUUUCUUUGAAAGUUUAAUUUCCGUUGAACGGUUUGUGUUAGCAGCAUAAGAUGGACUUUGUUUUAGAUUAAAUUUACAUAAAUAAAUGCAAAAUAUAUAUUUAUCGAACAAAACUUGUCGAGGCGAGAGAAUUUAGUGCGUAUAUGUUAGUUGGAAGAUGUUAAGAGUAUAUUCUGUGGAACUAACUAAAAGUAAAUCCAAACUCCUUGGCCAAAGGACUAUUUUUAGAUGUUCAUGCGCAGCGCUAACUCACAAAAAGAUUCAGGUUGCGUUUGAUUGUACAUCAGGCUCCGCAUACUUGUAUUUCUCAGCUAAGAAUCGAAAAUUUGGAAGCCUUUCCAAUUUCAGUGUAAGCUCGAAAAGCAAAAUAUUGUAAAUCAAAACAAACAGCAGAACGAUAUUAUUUUAGCGAGUUGCGUCAGGUGGAAACAACUGAGACCCCAACUAAACUUAACUAAACUAAAACGGCAACUAAUAAUAAAAUGUAAAAUCAAACUUAAAUACAGGAAAACAAUGAAAUAACACAAGCCAACGAGAGCCGAGCGAAUGAGUCAACAGAGGAAAUUAUAUAUUAAAUAUGCAUAAUUAUGAAUAAUUUAAUGCGAGUUAAGCAAAGCCAAAAAGGUCAAACGAAAUCAAACCACACAAAAACCGACAAAGAGCACGCCGAUGUGGGCGUGGAAUUUAGCUCAAAAUUAAAUGCGAUAAUGGCAAGAAUUAUAUGACGAAAUAAAUAAAUAAUAUAAAAUGUA